AGAAGCCGCUGACGUCACGAAGCUGCCUGACAGGUACACGUGGCUCCCCGGCGAACUCGACCUGGCGUUGAGAGCGGCGCGGGCACACGGAGCCGAGCCGGUGUGGACGACGGACCCCGGAAGACUGAAUCAGGAGGAUGCAGACUACACUCCCAACGUUGUUGCUGGCGGCCGUCGCCACGUUGUGUCUCGCAAACGACGCAUCGAAGGCGCCGCCUCCUACAAGCCAGCAACAGCAGCAGCAGCAGCAAUUCUACCAACCUCCGAAGCCAGAGGUGGUACAGAAGCAUCUGAACAAGCUGUUUGUGGAAGAGUUAGACAAAGAUGGUGACCAGUACGUCAACGCGGCCGAGCUGAAGGAGUACCUGAAGAAGUUUCACAGCCGCCUCAUCCUGGACAGCAUCGACAAGCAGUGGGUCUACUUCGACAAGGAGAUGCAGGAGAAGGCGCCCGGCGUCAAGGUGCUCAAGUGGGAAACGUACAGGAAACUCUCCUUCCCCGACAGAGACCUGGAAAAGGCCGGCGAAGAGGGAAAGCAAGCAAAGGCGAUGCUGGAACGCACCGAGCGUCGCUGGAAGCUUGCUGAUUUCGACAACGACGGUGCUUUGGAUAAAGCUGAGUUCAAGAGCUUCCUGCACCCCGAAGAAGACGAACGCGUUCGAGAUGUCGUGGUCACCGAGGCCACUGAGCUAAUGGACACCGACAAGAAUGGCAUCGUCUCGUUCGAUGAGUACAUGGAGCACCUGAAGCGCGUCUCUGGACCAGAAAAGGACAAGGACAAGAACUGGGCACCGGCGCAGCAGAGCCACUUCAGCACGUACAUGGACAAGGACAAGGACGGUGCGUUGAACGAGGCUGAAAUGCGCGACUGGGUGCUUCCCAGCCACGACCGUGAGGAGGGCGAGGCGUGGAGGCUCAUCUCGGUGGGAGACGUCAACCAGGACACCCGGCUCACCAAGGAAGAAGUGGCCGCGCAGCCCGACUACUUCAUGGGCAUCCUCCCCCAUGAAUUCUGGCAGCAGGAGGGACACGCCGGCACUGUCAAGCAGAAGGAAGAACUGUGAUUAUCAUAGUUGGGCCACCCGAUGUGAUAAGUUACGUGCGUGGAUGGUCGGUGGCCAAUGGUGGAACUUCACAGACAAUUUCGCACUGCUCAGGCAGUAUUCAGUCGUUUGGAGAAGGGGGGUGAAGGUACGUGUGUACAAAUUGCUGACAGCAACUGAAUGGUACCCUCUCAACUGUAAUACAACUUGUCGUACCUGUCAAGCAAAUCUUUGAUAAAUUGUUACGGUAAAAGUAAAGCCGUACCUGUCGGUGAUGGAAAGUGCAAUCGGUGGUUGUUUUUACUGCACCUCAAUAGCAUUACUUUUGCUAUCUAUCGAAGCUCCUCUCAUGUAUUUUUCCCGGUGUAUGUUGCAUUUACACUGCCCCCUGACAAGAAUGUUUUCGUAUUUUGUCAUCUAUAAAAGCAGCGUUAUAUACAUAUUCUUCUACUCUCCACAACUUUCAAAAUCCAGGAUACUGGCUUCGUGUGUACUGCAGUGAAAAAAAACAGGGUCAAAGAAACCCAAUAAAGUCUGAAAUGCUUGAACGUGCACUGACAUUAAA